AUGAACUGGCUCACCCUUACCGAACUGGAACUGAUCCCUGCAGCAUUGCAGAAGCAGGUCCGGAAGUCGAUGUUGAAGCCGAAGCACCUGAACCAGAAACUUUACACUGGAGAUCGCCGCGCCAAUGCGCCUAGCCGUCACAGUCAAGACCUGGACCAAGUCGCCCAAGUCAUCACCAGGAUCUGCGUCAUUGGCGUCGUCCGCCUGGUCGUCCUGGUUCUGGUCGUCGUCCGCAAGGUCACCGGCCUGGUUCUCCGAAGCGGCCUCCUCGUCAUGGACUGGGUCGCCGUCAAAGCGCUCAAGGACGCGAUGGUCGAUCUGAAAGACUCUGUCUGGCAGGAUGAGCAUGGUCUUCCUCCCAACACCGGCUACCUUGAGGACGACGAUGACCUCCGCGAGUACGAGCCAUCGAUGCCGGCAACACCUGGUACGGCACCGAUCGACACCGUCGUGGCACCUCGUCUUCCUCCUCAAGCCCUGUCUUCACAACCAGCUCAGCAGCAGAACCAGACGAACAACUACAACCUCACGAUGAGUCCGACCUUCAAUCAGACCAUCACCCACAGGCAGAGGUUUGGCGACCCGGCUUCCGCUUUGAACCGAGCAUCGACGACGCCGAGGGCUCCCCGGACACCGAGAGUUUCGAGGGCACGCUCGCGGACACCGUCACGACCUCUACCUGUUCUUCCCGAGCUACUGCCAGGACACGCGCAGGAACUACCACAACAGCUUCUUGGACUACCAGAUGGUGAGGUGGCGGACGAAAAUGCACAACACGGGAGUGCUGCCUACGACAGUGCGAUCUUUGAGGACCCCGUCGUGGAGGCCAGCGGACAUGCUCAGGGCAACCCCGCUGAAGUCGAGUGGCAAGUACCUUUGCCUGAGCAACAAGUUUCUUCAGAACCUCAAGUACCACCACCUUCUGUAGACCAAGGGCCUGACACACCCGCUCCAGAGGGACAACAGUCCGUGACGGCACCGUUCCCCGAUAGACAAGUUCCUGCAGCACCUCAAGUACCACCGCCUGGCGCUUCAACGACCUCAGUUCACAGUCCGACGGAAGAGGUACCAAGCUCUGACGUAGCGACACCACCGGUGGCACCUCCGGAGGCUUCUCUUCCACAACUUCCUUUGAAGCGACCGUUUGAUACUAUGACGACACUUCUGAACGACGAUGGCGAGUUGGUCAAGUCAGGCCCGACGACGACUACCACACCGGCGUCUUUGGACCAAAGCCCGACGUUUUCUACCAGGCGUACCUCUCCAGCCAGUACCGCAAGGACGACGUCCCUCCAGACAAAUCCCCUGAUGAGAGCGAUACCACAGACUCGGACCACGGCGGACCUUCUCCCGGCCUGGCAGCUCUCGCGCAAGGAACUCCAGCAACUGGAUCGCGAGGUUCCCUGGACUCAGAUACUUCGCGGCAACGACGUCCCCGAGUACCUCAAGGCCAUCGACAAGGAGGCCAAUUCCUGGCUAGAGUGGAAGUCGGUAGAACCACUUUCACAUGAACAAGCUCGCAAGGUCCUUCACGACAAGAUCUUGUGUAAGAGGAUACUUCGCACAAGCUACCGCGACAAGGCGAGAGGGCAAGGACCACUCCGCGCUAAGUGCCGGAUAGUAUGCCUCGGACAUCGUGAUCCCGACCUCUUCACUCUGAACCGGCAAGCACCGACGCCGAACAGGUCCUCGGAGCACGUCCUGUACUACAUCAUCGUGGCCGGCGCGAACGGAGAGGUCGAGGGGUCUGACCUGAAGUGGCACGCAUGGACAGGAGACGCCAGCACGGCUUUCUUGCAAGGCCAACACACAGAGCGUUCUCUGCCCUUGUACUUGAAACCGCCUGCAGAUGGCCUGAUUAAUCAGACUCCUCAUUGGAAAGCCCCGCUCUACAAGGUGUGCUCCAACAUCUAUGGCCUUGCCGACGCUCCACGAGUUUGGGCUCUUGAAGUGAUCUCUCGGCUUCUUCGUUUGGGCUAUACCCAGCACAGCUUUGACAGGAUGAUUUUCCUCAAGCGCUGCCCUCAGGGCAACAUCAUCAGUGUCAUUCUCGUCUACGUAGACGAUUUCCUGGGUACCCAUCGGUCUGACUACGACUUCAGUGAAGUCAAGGAAUCCUUCACGUGGGGAUCCCUCGAGUUCUUAGAGGUCAACAAGCCGAUCACCUUCAAAGGCAAAGAGGUGGAGCUCUUCGCAAAGAACGGCAACUCUGAGCGCUUCCAGCUUCGCUUAACUCAGAAGGCCUUCUUGGACGGCCUCGUGCAGGGCAAGCUCCCCAAGGGGAUCGACCUGGAGGAGAAGUUGGACAAAGAGCACAAGGAAGAGUUCAGGUCAGUGGCUGGCUGCUUACAGUGGCUCUCCAGCCAGACUCGUCCAGAGCUAUCCCCCUUCAUCUCCCUGAGCAACAAGGGGGAACUGACCACGUACGGAGACUUGAAGACGCUCUUCCUGGUCCUGGACUUUGCCAAGCAGACGGCCGCCGCAGGGAUGAUCCUUGCAGACGUUCCCUUCGCUUCCUCCACGACCCUGGUCUCCUACGCUGACUCCAGCUUCGCAAACACUCCUCAGCUUCGCUCGCAGUAUGGAGUUCUUAUCCUGGCUUCAGUUCCUCAAGUCUCACAGGUUCCGUGCGUCGGACUGGUCUUGGACUGGCCAAGCAGUAAGUCAAGCAGAGUGUGUCGGUCGACCCUAGCAGCGGAGGCCAUGGCAGCAGAUGAGGCAGUAGACCGCAGUGCCUACAUCAACCUCUUCAUCUCUGAGAUUCUCACCGGCACUCCUGCACAUCGUGUACAUCCAGCCCUACGUCAUCUUCAUGUGACAGACGCUAAGUCAUUGUAUGAUGUGCUGGAGUCCGAGACUCCAAACCUCUCAGACAAGAGGAGCCUUGUAAACGUUCGUGCGGUUCAAGAAGUAGUCAAGGGCGAGAACGUCCAUUGGGUGCCUACUCAUCUCAUGAGGGCCGACGGCCUCACCAAGAUGUCGUGGCAGCUCAUUCAGGAGCUUCAUAGCUGGCUUUCCAAGCCACUGAUAGUUUUGCGUGACAUCAUUGCCAAAUAA